ACACCCGGGCGGCCCCAAGUAGCCGCGGGGCGGCUGAGCCGGACCCUCCUGAGCUGGUCACGAGCUGGUGGUUCUUCUCCUUCGCUCCUCUGCCGACCAGAACAUGCUCAGGUGGUCGUGGUCGUGGUCCUGGUGGUGGCUCCUCUUGGUGUCCAAGCUCACCGGCGUGUGUGGUGCCGUUAUGAACCUCACUGCCCCUCGGAUUGUGAAACUUGAGAAUGGUGACUCCAGAAAUGUCACCAUCCUUCUGGGGGCUCCACCAGACAAAGCCUCGGUGGUAACGCUGGACAUCCUCUAUGUUUCCGAAAACAAAACCAUCCUCAAGUUUCCUCCUGAAGUCGAGGUGCCAGCUGGGCAGAAGGUUUCCUAUUUCACUGUGACCGGGCUAGAUGUGGGCCAAGUGACUUUGCUCCUUCGGAUUGACCACUCCAACCAGACCAGGACCCUCGUCCACUUCCUGGUGUUCCGCAGCCGCAUUCUAGACGGGCUCAGCCAGGUCAUCGGGUGGAUAUACUUUGUGGCCUGGUCUGUCUCGUUCUACCCACAGGUGUUUGAAAAUUGGAAACGCAAAAGCGUGGUAGGCCUGAGCUUCGACUUCAUUGCUCUGAACCUCACCGGCUUCAUAGCAUACGCCAUGUUCAACGUCUGCCUCUUCUGGGUGCCCUAUAUCAAGGAGCAGUUUCUACAUGAACACCCUACCGGCGUGAACCCUGUGGAUAGCAACGACGUCUUCUUCAGCCUUCAUGCCGUGGUCCUGACCCUGGUGGUCAUCGGGCAGUGUUGUCUGUACGAGAGAGGCAGCCAGAGAGUGUCGCGGGCCUCCGUGGGCUUCUUGGUGCUGGCCUGGCUCUUUGCCCUCAUCAUGAUGUUUGUGGCCCUUGGGGGGGCCAUCAGCUGGCUGCAAUUCCUCUUCUGCUUCUCCUACAUUAAGCUCGCCGUCACACUGAUCAAGUACUUUCCACAGGCGUGCCUGAACUUUCGCCGGAAGAGCACGGAGGGCUGGAGCAUCGGCAAUGUCCUCCUGGAUUUCACAGGAGGCUUCUUCAGCCUCCUCCAGAUGUUCAUCCAGUCGUACAACAACGAUGAGUGGACCCUGAUCUUCGGAGACCCCACCAAGUUUGGCCUCGGCAUGUUUUCCAUCCUCUUCGACGUAGUUUUCAUCAUGCAGCACUACUGCUUAUAUAGAGAGUCAGGGUAUGAGCAGCUUGCCUAGCUCCUCGGACAGCCCCACCAAUCCUGUAGGCCGAGAAGCCACGCCGGCCAUGUGUUGGCUCUGGCGUCCAGAUGGCGGGAGCGUCGGCGUCCAAAUCCACGGCCUUGACGGAUGGCAGGCCUGCCUCUGCCUGCUGGACGUCCCGCCGCACUUGCUGGCUGGCUGGCCGGCCAGGGGCCGUGGCCCCUUCUUGGAUCAUAAGCCGAUUGUCUGCCGACAUUAAAACCUGCUGCUCCUGGCUCCAGAGAUGUGGGUGCCCGGGAUGAUGAGAUUGGCAUCUGGCUCGGGCCUCCUGGCUCCUUGAGUCGGCCUGACUCCUCCCAGCGGCCGCCCUCAUGUCCCCGGAACAGAGGCUUCUUUCUUCGAGGGCUCCUCCACUAUCCGCCAUGCUCAGAAAGGUCUUUCUUUUUGUUUUGUGUUUUAAAGGCUCCCGCCACCCUUCACAGGUUCUGAGGCGCAUCCAUAGUAGCAUCGUGUCAGAGGAGGGAGCAGGGAGCACAGCCCUCCUGGCGCCUGCUGUCUGUCUGUCUGUUGCUGCUCUGUCCAAGCAUCCCACCUGGGGGCUUCUGCCAGAAACUCCCCCGCCCCUCCCUGGCCUCCAUUCUGGAGCUGUUUCCUAAGGUCCCCUGGCCCAGGCACCUGCAGGCCCCUGCCUGGGGGGCCUGGGGCAGGGGCCAGGAAGCUCCUCCUGAGCCUGAUCCAGCUUCCAGAGCUGCUCAAUACAUGGGGCCUGGCCGGAGGCAUGAUCCUGCAGUGUUGUUUGGGAGAGGGGUCUCUUACCAAGCUUUACUGAGCUGCCUCCCCACGAGAAGUCCUGGCCCUGCCUUUGGGGAACACCCCAAAAGCAGGUUUUUAUGCACAUGCACACAUACCCCCUCCGUCCUUCCUGCUGGGAUGGGCGGGCAUCCUGGGUGGCCCCCAGCCCUCAGCUGCCAACAGCUACCAUCAGGAUUCCUGUAGUUAAGCCCCAGGCCUCCAAGGCCUCUUGGCUGUCUCCGGCCUCCGCCCCCCCCCCCCCCUCCUGCUUCCCGCUUUGUGCUUCUGCUCCAGGAAGCUCUGUAAUGAUGGUGGUGGAUGUGAUUUUUUUCUACUUUCUACGUAUUAUAUUUUUAAAAGAUCAGUGUAAGCAAUCUAUAGUUUUAAAUUAAAACUAACAGCUAAUUUUCCGUACCAUUGGCCGAUGAGCUCCCAUCUUAACAUUCCGAUUAACCCCUUACCAGUGGCUGGAUCCUUUUCCCUCCCCCACCCCUUUUAACAGGUGAAGAAAGUCCCCAGGGUCCAGGCCAAGGAGCCCCCGCAGAGACCUGCCCUUUGGCCGCUUCAUUAAAAAGAAAACAAAUUAUUAACCAAGUUUCUCCAUCAGAAGCGGGCUCUCUCAAGUGAUCCAUGGCACCUGCCCUGGAAUGAAGGUUUUUGACGAUUUCCAAUUGGAAGAUUCUGAUUUCACCUGCACACGGGGCAGGAGGGGCAGGAACCCAGGCCUUGGGAGGGAGGUUCUGACCAUUUCUCUCCAAGACCCGUCCAACUGAACCAGAAAAGCUAUGCUUUGUGAAAAGCCCAGCUGCCAGGGCAGUCAGGGUGAAUGCCCCCACCCCCCCAAACCCUGAUGGCAGAUAAAAGAUGUUUCACCUGUGAGUAAGGAAAAAUACAGGAAUUCCAGCUUCA